AACAAAAGACAUACCCUUGUGCCUCGAUAUACAGAGAUCUUUUAAAAGCCAGUCUUUGCAGCAGCAGGAGACUACUUCCACCAAUGAAGUGCCUGAAUAACGAUGGUGAUGACGUGGCAAUCCAAGAGUCAAAAACAGAGAGUCAAACUAAUAAUUGAAACGAGUAUAUAAAUUCAUAAACUCACUUCUUCUUCUUCUUUCUCUCGCUCUCUCAUUCAUUCUGUUUUGAUUUCAAUCUCUCGAAUCUUCUGUUUCGAUCUCUUGAAUCUUCUUCUUUCUCUCUCUCUCUCAAAAUUUCUCUUCUCACAAUGUCGUUGCCCCGAAACUUCGUCGCCAAAGUUAUGGGAGGCGCCAUGGCUGCGUUCACAACGAAGCUCUUCGUAGGAGUUUUCGUUGAGAACCAAGAGAUGAAGGAUAAGCAUGAGCUACUCCACGAGCUCGAGGAAGCAGGAGCCUUCUUCGUCGUGCCUCCUACCUUCUUCGCUAAACCGCGACCACCGUUUCGCUCGUGGUUUCGUGGCGCUCGGGAGCCUUCACCGUACUCGAGUCGUUCGUCUCUUUGGUCGACUCGCACGUCUUCUCUUUCCGACCUCGUUUCGCCUCCCGUUUUCUCACCCGCCUCUGCUCCUGCGCCUGCACCACCUCUCGUUCUCGCACCCACCCCUGCUUCUACACCCACCUCUGCCUCUGCACCCGCCUCUGCUCCUGCGUCUGCACCACCUCUCGUUCUCGCACCCACCCCUGCUGCUGCACCAGACCUUGCUCCCGCGCUCGCACCCACUCCCGCGCUCGCACCCACCCCCGCUUCUGCACGCGCCCCCGCUUCUGCACGCGCCCCCGCUUCUGCACGCGCCCCCGCUUCUGCACCCGCCCUCGAGCCCGUGCCCUCUCCCCCUCUCGCGCCCGCUUCUACCCCUGUUUCCGGUCUCACUUCCGCCCCCGCUCCCGCUCACGCCUCUGUUUCCUCCCCACCUGCCCCAGUCGUCUCCGGGUAGACUCAGUUUACUUUCUUUAUUUCAUUUCAUUCUUUCUAUGAUUUUCUAUUUUUUUUAGAGUAUUGAUGUUUCUUUUUUUGUAUAUUUCAUAGUGUCUAGAAUAGAAAAUGUAUUGAGUUCAAUUCAUAUAAAAGUAAAAAAGUUCGAUUUACAGAUUA